AUGAGUUAUUAUCCAACUGGUAUGGGUGCCGCUACUGGCAAUCAUUAUCAUAACGUAGCUGCUCAAAUGCAAGCUUAUUUAAAUAAUGGUGGUGGACACUUUCAACCCGCUCAGAGUGAAUUCUAUCAAUAUCACCCAAACCAUGGCUUUCAUAAUGGAGGUCACCAUCACAGUAUGAAUGCAAUGAGGAAUGAUGAUGCCGAUGCACUUGCUAGAAGCUUCAUGAGAAAUUUACUUACCGGAAGAUAA